AUGACGGGGCAGGACGACAUCGAAGUGUGCUGCAUCUUGCUGGCAGCAAGAGUGGAGCAGCUGGGGCCGCGGGCCCCGCCGCUGACGCUGCUGCCGAUCUACUCGCAGCUGGGGGCGGAGCAGCAGGCGAAAGUGUUUGCUGCUAGUGCUUUUCGAAAAGUAAUAGUUGCAACAAACAUUGCAGAGACUUCGCUGACUCUGGAGGGAGUGAAGUACGUGGUGGACUGCGGACUUUGCAAAGUAAAAGUGUUCAGUGCUGCAGUGGGAAUGGACUUGCUGCAGCUGGCGCCGAUCUCGCAAGCUGCUGCGCUGCAGCGCAGCGGCCGCGCGGGCCGCUGCAGCAGCGGCUGCUGCUUCCGGCUGUACCCCGAAGCAGCUUUUCUCCGCGAAAUGCUUCCCGCUGCAGUGCCGGAGGUGCAGCGUUCGAACCUCAGCAAUGUCGUGCUGCUGCUGAAGUCUCUCGGGGUCUCAGAUCUCGAAAACUUCGACUUAAUUGACCCUCCUCCCCGCGACUGUCUCCUCGAGGCCCUGCACCAGCUGUGGGCCCUGGGGGCCCUCGACGCGGGGGGGGCCCUCACUGCAGCGGGGCAGCAAAUGGCGGCCUUCCCGCUGGACCCCCCGCUGUCGAAGAUGCUGCUGGCAGCAGCAGCAGCAGGCGGCAGCAGCGAAAUCGUCUCUGUCGUCUCUUUGCUUUCCGUUCCUUCGCUCUUUUUUCCCAACAAGGAGAAGCAGCAAGAGGCCGAGGCUCUCCGCGAGAAGUUCUUCGUUCCAGACAGCGACCACCUCACUCUCCUCAACGUCUUCCAGCAGUUCAAACGGGCCAACAGCAGCCCCCAGUGGUGCCUCAAACACUUCGUCCAGCCCAAGGCAAUGGCGCGAGUGCAGGAAGUGAGGGCGCAGCUGGUGGACACCAUGAGGCAGCACGGAAUUCCCGAAGUUUCCUGCGGCACAGAUUGGGACAUUUUGAGAAAAGCGAUAUGCGCGGGUUACUUCCACCAAGCUGCGAAACUUCGGGGAAUUGGAGAAUAUUUAAACUUGAGGACUUGUGUUCCUUGUCAUGUACACCCCAACUCUGCGCUUUACGCAGCUGGACAGACACCCGAAUACGUCGUCUACCACCAGCUGCUCCUCACCACCAAAGAGUAUAUGAGAACUGUGACAGCGGUGGACGCGCACUGGCUGGCGGAGUUGGGUCCGAUGUUUUACACUUUGCGGAAAAAUUUGAGGCCCAGAUGCAGCAAGCUGCAGAGGAGGAAGAGCGGAAGCAGCAAGCAGCAGCAGCAGCAGCAGCAGCAGCAGCAAAAGCCAGCUUCGCAGAAGCAGCAGCAGGACGCCGCCGGCGGCCCCCCGCAGCACCUUUGUCUUUGCCUGUUCCCGUGUCUCUUUCGGAAGAAGCAAAAAACGAAAUAA